CGCAGCAGCACUACAGAUUAUACACGUUGUCUGACAGUGAUCUUGAUGUGUUCAUUCGGUAUAGACGCAAUUAAGUAUUCAUAUUAAAUAUCUUUUCGAAAAAUUCCUACGUAGAUGCUAAUAUUACUUACUAGAAGUGUCGUUCUUUUCAAAAUAUUGCGAUGGAUGCGAUAAAUGAAGUUGUGCCCCGAAACGCUGAAACGGCUUUAGUGUUUUUUGUUAAUGGAAAAAAAGUCCUGGAAUCUAAUCCUGAUCCGGAAUGGACGUUACUCUUCUAUUUAAGGAAAAAAUUAAAGUUGACCGGCACUAAAUAUGGAUGUGGAGAAGGCGGCUGCGGCGCUUGUACCGUCAUGGUUUCGAAAUACUUAAAAAAUGAAGAUCGGAUAAAUCACAUCGCGGUUAAUGCGUGCCUGAUAUCUGUAUGUGCAAUGCAUGGGUUAGCAGUCACAACCGUAGAAGGUAUCGGUUCCACACAAGAUCGAUUACAUCCUGUCCAAGAGAGAAUUGCAAAAUCUCACGGAUCACAAUGCGGCUUUUGCACACCCGGAAUAGUCAUGUCUAUGUAUGCUUUGCUCAGAAACAACAACAAAAUAGCAUAUGAAGAUAUUGAGGGUGCUUUACAAGGCAAUUUAUGUAGAUGCACGGGAUAUAGGCCUAUUAUAGAAGGAUUCAAAACAUUUAUGGAGGGUUGGGAAAACGUUUACAGUACGGGGGGAAAUAUGUGUAAGAUGGGAGAGAAUUGUUGUCGAAUUAAAAAGGAAACCGAACAUGAUAUUUUAUUUGAUCCUUCGGCUUUUCGGCCGUAUGAUCCAACACAAGAACCAAUAUUCCCGCCCGAACUAAAAUUGGAGAAUGAAUAUAGUACAUCAUAUCUUGUAUUUAGAGGUGAAAAUGUGAUUUGGCUAAGACCACGAAAUUUAAAAGAAUUGGUUUUAGUAAAAUCAAGGAUUCCUGAUAGUAAAGUAGUUGUGGGCAAUACAGAAAUAGGUGUGGAAAUGAAAUUUAAAAAGAAAUUCUAUCCUGUAUUGAUCUCGCCUACUAUUAUUGGAGAAGUGAAUUAUUGUAGUAUUGAAAAUGAUGGUAUUUUAGUUGGUGCUGCCGUGACAUUAACAGAGCUACAAAUAUUUUUGAAAUCUUUCAUUGUUGAACAUCCUUCAAAAAGUAAAAUAUUUAAAGCUGUUAAUGCUAUGUUACACUGGUUCGCCGGCAGUCAAGUAAGGAAUGUAGCCUCACUCACAGGAAACAUUGUAACGGCAAGCCCUAUUUCUGACUUGAACCCAAUAUUAAUGGCUUGUAGUGCAGUACUUAAUGUUUAUAGCACUACGAAUGGGAGCAGGCAAAUAACAAUCGAUGAAAAUUUCUUUAAAGGCUACCGAAAGACAAUAUUAGAAGAUGAUGAAGUUGUUAUUUCCAUUAAGUUACCAUUUUCAACUAACGAUCAAUAUUUUAAAUCCUAUAAACAGGCUCGGAGAAGGGAUGAUGACAUAUCCAUUGUUACUGCUGCAUUUAAUGUACAAUUCGAAGGUAAUAAAGUUAUAAAAUCUAAAUUGUGUUAUGGUGGUAUGGGACCAACCACACUUUUGGCUUCGAAAUCUUCAAAGAUGCUCCUGGGUAAACAUUGGAAUCAUGAAACCCUAUCGACCGUUUUUCACUCUUUAUGUGAAGAAUUUAACUUGGAAUUUUCAGUUCCUGGAGGAAUGGCUGAGUAUAGAAAGUCAUUGUGUCUGAGUUUAUUCUUUAAGUUCUAUUUAAACGUCAAAGAUAAAUUAGAUAUAUCAAACGGAGAAAGCUCAACAAGGCCACCUAAAUUAAGUUGUGGCGAUGAAACUAGAGGAGAGCCGAGUAGCUCUCAAUAUUUUGAGAUACGUAAUAGCGGUGAAGUUGAUGCACUUGGGAAGCCAUUGCCACAUGCAUCUGCUAUGAAACACGCUACUGGAGAAGCUAUUUAUUGUGAUGAUUUACCGCGCAUCGAUGGAGAACUAUUUUUAACUCUGGUUUUAAGUUCUGAGUCACAUGCUAAAAUAAAAUCUAUUGAUACUACUGCUGCUCUGUCGAUACCUGGUGUUGUAGCAUUCUUUUGUGCUAAAGAUUUAGAAGUUGAUCGCAACAUAUGGGGUUCUAUAAUCAAAGAUGAGGAAAUAUUUUGUAGCACAUACGUGACGAGUCGAUCUUGUAUUGUUGGUGCUAUAGUUGCAACCUCUGAAAUAGUUGCGAAAAAGGCUAGAGAUUUAGUUUCAAUAACAUACGAACGUCUUCAACCAGUAAUAGUCACACUAGAAGAUGCAAUUGAACACAAUUCGUAUUUUGAAAACUACCCUCAAACUUUAAGCCAAGGUAACGUUGAUGAAGUGUUUUCAAAAACGAAAUUCACAGUUGAAGGAAAACAGAGAAGUGGCGCACAAGAACACUUUUAUCUAGAGACCAUUUCAGCGUACGCCAUUAGAAAAGAAGACGAACUGGAGAUCAUAUGUAGUUCACAAAGUCCAAGCGAAAUAGCUUCAUUCGUGUCGCAUACACUCGGUAUACCUCAGCACAAAGUUAUAGCAAAAGUCAAAAGGAUUGGAGGUGGCUUUGGCGGAAAAGAAACCAGAUCAUCUAGCCUUGCAUUACCUGUUGCUAUCGCUGCAUAUAUACUCAAGAAGCCAGUUAGAUCUGUUCUAGAUCGAGAUGAAGAUAUUCAAAUGUCAGGAUACCGACAUCCAUUUUUGACAAAAUACAAAGUAGCUUUUGACGAGAAUGGUAAAAUUUCCGGUGCUGUUUUUGAUGUAUUUGCGAACGGAGGGUUUUCAAUGGAUUUAUCUUGUGCUUUGAUAGAAAGAUCGACAUUCCAUGUAGAUAAUUGCUAUUCUAUACCAAACAUUAAAAUCAACGCAUAUGUCUGUAAGACUAAUUUACCAUCCAAUACAGCCUUUAGAGGAUUUGGAGCUCCACAAGUGAUGCUGGCAGCAGAGUCUAUGAUAAGACAAAUAGCUUCGACGUUAGGAAAAAGUUAUGAAGAAAUCGUUGAAGUGAACAUUUACAAAGAAGGAUCUGUGACAUAUUAUAAUCAACUUCUUACUUAUUGCACUUUGUCUAGAUGUUGGAAUCAAUGUAUUGACUCUUCGAGAUAUAUAGCCAGGAAAAAAGCCGUUAAUGAUUUUAACAGAUCUAACAGAUGGAAAAAGAAAGGUAUUGCUUUGGUCCCAACAAAAUAUGGGAUAUCUUUCCAAACAGACGUCUUAAUGCAAGCCGGUGCGUUACUUCUAGUGUAUAAUGAUGGUGCAGUUUUGCUUUCCAUCGGGGGCAUAGAAAUGGGACAAGGUCUCUUCACUAAGAUGAUACAGAUUGCAUCUAAAGCAUUAGAAAUAGAACAGAGCCGAAUUCACAUUAGUGAAGCUGCUACCGACAAAAUACCAAACAGUACAGCCACUGCAGCGAGUAUGAGCUCUGACCUAUACGGAAUGGCGGUUCUAAAUGCGUGCAAUACUUUGAAUCAAAGAUUAAAGCCAUACAAAACUAAGGACCCCAAUGGUAAAUGGGAAGACUGGGUUUCUGAAGCGUAUGUAGAUCGAGUGUGUUUAUUUGCAACUGGUUUUUACUCUGCUCCAAAAAUAGAAUAUAACAGAAAUACGAACAGCGGUAGAUUAUUUGAGUAUUUCACAUAUGGAGUGGCGUGCUCUGAGGUGAUAAUAGAUUGUUUGACCGGAGAUCACGAGGUACUAAGAACCGAUAUCGUUAUGGACGUGGGCGAGAGUAUAAACCCUGCAAUCGACAUUGGACAAAUUGAAGGGGCGUUUAUGCAAGGAUAUGGCUUUCUUACUAUGGAAGAAGUUGUUUUUUCGGCAAACGGAGAAACACUUUCUCGUGGCCCUGGUACUUAUAAGAUACCUACUUUGUCCGAUAUACCGAAAGAAUUCAAUGUUUCGCUGCUGAAAGGUGCUCCAAACCCACGUGCAGUAUAUUCUUCUAAGGCCAUCGGGGAGCCACCACUGUUCUUAGCUGCUUCAGUAUUCUUCGCCAUCAAAGAAGCAAUAAUGGCCGCUCGCUCGGACAGUGGGGUGCCCGUGGAAUUCGAACUGGAUGCACCUGCGACUUGUGAACGUAUUCGAAUGUCAUGUGAAGACGACAUCACUCUGCAGGUUAAGCCAACUGUAAAACGUAUUGGAGUUCCGUGGAAUGUAAUUGCCUAGACUCAAAUUCUUCAAAUAAAUAUAUAUGUUCUAUAACUAUUAAUGUUGUUUUUUAUUGAAGAACAAAAAC